AGCCAUCACUCUGGUACAUGUGCUGCUGGGGAUGGAACCCAGGACCGCAUCCUUGAGAAUCUAGUGCCUUAGCCACUGCGCCACCUCCCGGACCACUACUGUAAGCAUUUCUUAAGUGUUCAUUAUUGCAUUCGGGUUUUCAUUGUAUUUUAAAUUUAAGGUCGCAUUCAGGCCCGCCCCUCCCCUGUGCACCUGGUUCACUGCAGCUUGGCGCCUGGAACAGGGAGGACAGCCUCUGUGAGGUCCCGCCCCCUCCAGCGUGCCCACCCGCCCAUUGGGGGGAUCAGCGGGGCUCGCGGAUGGGGGCGGUUCCUCGCGAGGCUCCGCCCCUCCCCUUGCGUCAGCGCCGGCGUGGGGGGGCGAGUGGGGCGGGGCUCUGAGUCUGUUCCCGGGGGUGCAGUCUCCUGGCCUCUGGAGGAGGUGAUCUGUCAGGAGAUGUCGGGCGGUGGCGGCUUUCGCGGCCAGAAGAGAAAAAGAAACUGGGAUACAGAUUGCCCAUCCUUUCCUGGGGAGAGUCCUCUGCAGUCCAGUAGAGUGGGGCUCGGGACAGUGGGGACAGCUGCCCUCUCUGAAGCUUGGCUCCGGUGUGGAGAAGGAUUUUUGGACACUUCUAGGACUCAGUUACCAACAACUGAAGAGAAGGCUGCUACAGAAAAACACCUUGAAUUAUGCCCUAGGUCCAACAAAGAAACUGUGGCAUCUAAGAGUGUCAGUGGACUUGCAGAGAUAACAUGGAGUUCUAGUGGAAGUGAUCUCUCAGAUGAAGAUAAAGCACUUUCUAAAUCACAGAGAGCUAAUGAACAUGACUCAAAAAUAGAUAGAUUUUCUAACAGUGAUAUUUUAUGUUCAGAAGAUGAGGCCUGUGAAGAUGAACUGCAGUUUAUUGACUGGGAGAUUGACAGUGACAGAGAAGAGACUAGUGAGCAUCGCACAGUGGAAGAGGAAGAGGGCGAGAACGCAGUGGACAUUUCAGACAGUGCUUCCUGUGCGAGCAGUCACUCUCUGACAGGUGAAGAGACACUGCCUACAUGUCCUAAGGUAAGCACAGGUGGCUUGAGAUUUUUCCUCCGCUUAUGACAUUUGUUCAUCAGGGCCUUCUGGUCUUUUUUAUUUUAAACUUCUUCCACAGGGACAGCUACCUUUGACUCUUAGAGGAGCCUUUUUUUUUUUUUUUUUUUAAUAUAACCAGAGCACUGCUUAGCUCUGGCUUAUGGUGGUGGGGGGGAUUGAACCUGGGACUUUGCAGCCUCAGCCACGAAAAUCUCUGCAUAACCAUUAUGCUAUCUACCCUCCUGCUUAGAGGAGUCUUUUGUUCUCUAUCUCAACCGGCUUAUGUGAAGUAAAGCAGUUGUGAUGUGGUUUUACUUGGGGUCUGUAUACUCAGUCUUUUCUCACUACUCCUGACUCCCUGUUAACACAUUAAACUUUUCCCUUGCCACCUCUAAGAACAGAUCUGACAUGGUUUGGCUAGUUUAGAAUUCAGUUUGGUGUUAUGGACUUUCAAGCAUGAGGCCCUGAGUUCAAUCCCUGGCAGCACAUGUGCCAGAGUGAUGCCUGUCUCUCUGUCUCUGUCUCUCUCUCCUGUCUUCUGCAUGAAUAAAUACAUUAAAUCUUUGGAAAAAAAAGAAAAACAUACAAAAAAUACGUCAUGAUUUUCCCAACAAUCAAAUAGCUGAUAAUUGAUGUGACUGUCCAUAUUUUUAAUAUUGCUAUGUAGGUUUCCAGUUGAUUUUAGCGGGGCCUUUCAAGAACCUUCCUACAGAGGGCAGCAGAGACACAGCAGUGAGCUCUUUUCAUAGCCUACACUUUCAGGAAGUGUGAAGGAAAUGCGGUUUACAUGAACUUUGUUAUAUAAUUCUUAAGUACCUUAAGUAGCAAUUCUUAUGCAAACACAGGCUAAUAAAUGCCAGAUAGCCCGAGUGAAGGUCAACCCUUUGUUAAAGGUGUGGAGCAAAAUGAAGCUGGCUGGCACAUAUACAAGAUCUAAAAGUAGUUCGUGUCAUUUUAAAGAGAAAGCAAAGGUGAUUUACAAAUCUGAAAUAUUAGUAUGUUGUCAUGAAAUGUUUUCUUUGUGCUGCUAAUAGUUGCCAAAUGCAUGAUUACAUAUCUCAGAA